AUGGCGCAGAUAGACUUCGAUGCCCUUAUCGUGGGCGCCGGGUUUGGUGGUAUCUAUCAACUCCACCUCCUCGUUGAACGAGGUCUAUCCGUCAAAGUGAUCGAUGCUGCCAGCGAUGUAGGCGGAACGUGGUAUUGGAACAGAUACCCCGGCGCCAUGUCCGACACGGAAUCAUACAUCUACCGCUACAGCUGGGACAAGGAAGACCUGAUCCAGUACCAUUGGAAGGACCAUUAUGUCAAGCAGCCAGAAGUUCUGGGCUAUCUGGAACAUGUGGUCGAGAGAUACGACAUGCGGAAAUACAUGCAAUUCAAUACGGAGAUGGAGAAUGCACAGUAUGAUGAAGCCAACAAUGUCUGGGUCAUUUCAUGUUCGACGGGCGAGAAAUUUACCGUCCGCUAUCUGAUUACCGCCUUGGGAUUGCUAUCGAAGACGAAUUACCCCAAUAUUCCUGGCCUUGACAGGUUCCAGGGAGAAAUGUAUCAUACAGGCAAAUGGCCCCGCCAACACGACUUCAAGAACAAACGCGUUGGCAUCAUCGGAAACGGCUCGACCGGAGUACAAAUCAUCACCGCCAUCUCAAAGGAUGUCAAGCAGCUCGUUUCCUUCCAGCGAACACCCCAGUAUAGUGUACCGAGCGGCGACGGGCCCGUGUCCAAAGAGUAUCGCGACUCAAUAAACUCCCGAUACGACGAGAUAUGGAAGCAAGUCCGUAAUAGCAGGGUUUGCUUCGGUUUCGAGGAGUCCAACGUUCCAACCAUGAGCGUGUCAGCGGAAAAACGCGAGCGGAUCUUCGAAGAUGCAUGGCAACGCGGUAAUGGCUUCCGCUUUAUGUUCUGGACCUUUAACGACAUAGCAAUCAGUGAGGAGGCGAAUGAGGAGGCCUGUAAGUUCAUCCGCAAGAAAAUCAGCCAGACUGUGAAAGACCCAGAAAAAGCCAGGAAGUUGACUCCUCAUGACUACUAUGCUCGACGCCCGCUGUGUGAUGCCGGAUAUUAUGAACAGUUCAAUCGGCCGAACGUCGAUAUUGUCAGCUUGAAAGAGAAUCCGAUCGGGAGCAUUACCGAGAAGGGAAUACAGUUGUCUGAUGGGACGCAUUGCGAUCUCGAUGUCCUGAUCUUCGCAACAGGCUUUGAUGCUGUGGAUGGAAACUUUAAUCGAAUCGCCAUCAAGGGCCGCAACGGAGAGAGUCUGAAGGAUCACUGGGCCAAGACCGGCGGUCCAACGACAUAUCUCGGCUGCUUUGUGCCUGAGUUCCCGAACUUGAUCAUGAUUACUGGUCCGAACAGCCCCUUCACAAAUCUUCCGCCGACGCUUGAGGUUCAGAUUGAAUUUAUUGCGGAUAUCAUCGCUCGAGCCGAGAAGAAUAGCCAAUCCAAAUUGCAAGUCAAUGGUAACAGCAACGGUGACCCAAAGCCUGCUGGGCCGGUUGUCGAGGCUCUGCCCGAGGCUGAAGACAAUUGGACGAGGUUGUGCGAGGAGCUGAGCAAGGAUAGCCUGUUCAGAAAGACGGAUUCCUGGAUUUUUGGCGCCAAUGUGCCUGGCAAGAAGCAUACUGUUAUGUUCUACUUUGGCGGGCUUGCUGAGUACCGGAAGGAGCUGCAGAAGAUUGUCGAUGGUGGGUAUACAGGAUUCAAGCCUUUUUGAAGGGGCACAAUGCUGGACAUAGACUUGUCGGAGAAGCUGAUCCAGCUGAGAUGUAUGAAGAUGCAGUCUCCAUC